AUGAAGAUCUUCGCUACACACCGCCAUCCCGAGCUCGCCUUCGACACCACCGCAGCCAUGCUGUUACUGUCUCUCUUCACAGCGGCAGUUGCCACGACUGCCGUUUCUGUUGAGGCCUCCUCUAUGACCGCUGAGGCAUCCGCCGCUAUCACCGCCCUCGAAGGAACGCCUGAGCUGGCGUUUGGCCUGACCCCGAGCUCCAACUUUUGGCCGAAAUUCCUCUCCAAGCGUUACUGGCUCACGGAAGACGAGCCUUCUGCGGUUCGAGCAGUCGCCAUGCUCAAUGUCCCGUUCAAUCCUUCCGUCACCACUGUCUCCACUGCUACGAUUACAGAAUGGCCGUCCGAGCUGGUAGCUGGUCCAACGUCCCAUCUGCACGACAACCACGACUCGGUUACUUCCGCCGUUCCUGCCCUCGUCAGCCGCGAUCGUCGGGUAGCUGCCCUCAACUGGGCGACGAUACAAAAACUCAGACAACAAAUCUACCAUGGCAUUACAGCUGUAUCUAUCAACCGCUUUCUCGAAACGAAACCAGAGUUCAAGAAGUAUUGCCUUGCCAAGGAAGACUGCAGCCUUGCCCUGGGAUCUAUCCCCAAUGAAGAGACUAUGCUGGCCUUGAGAAGCGACCUCGCGGGGUUGUCUCCCAAUAAAGAAUGCGACGAACUCUGUGUGAUACAGAACCUUGACGUGGCGUGCUCUAAUCUUGCGAGAAAUGGCCUUACGCGGGUUGCUCUGAUCAGAAAUCACAUGAUGUCAGUGACAGAGAGCGACAUGCGGCAGGACGAUCCGACGACAUAUGACCGCAUCUCCCUCUACCACAGGAUGUCGACGUCGACCUACUGGCAGCCCCUCUCUACCUUUAGAAGAGAGAAGGACUACGUCUACAAGUUCAACGAUAUCCUUGCGAGUUACAACACAACGGUUCUGCCACCGACCAUCGGCCGUGUAUCAGUCCCCACCAAUAGAACAUUUCUGGAAACGCUUCUCCACGAUGAAGUCUGUUCGGGGGACGAAUUCAUAUGCAAUCACGACCCGAUGCACCUAAGACAAAUGGUGGGCUUGCUUCACGCCGCCAUGGACUCAGGUAUUCUCAGCGAGGACAGCGUUUUUCUACAGAUGUUACUCGAGGCUCGCCGCGGGACCCUGUCUCAGCCUGGUCAGUUCUGGGGAAACUCCUCAUUUGCAACCCCUUCGAAGGAUAACGCCGUGUCUGAGGCAAUCAAAGAGGUCAAGGCACGCAUGAAUUGGUGGAAGCCUGUACAGGAGGCCAUGCGCCCUUCGAAAUUCUACUGGACGGAAACACUCAGCAUUACCGAUGGACGGACUUUGACGCCGACCCUGAUCUUGGACAAAAAUAGAACAAGCACGCUGCAUCCUGCGUUGAAGAAGCAGGGCUACGCGUUCUUUCAGUCCUUCUAUGGUGGCCAUGCAUUUCUUCGCCAAGCCGGAUCAGUCAGAUCAACCUUUGACGACAAAUGGCAGCCUCUGUCCCUUGGAACACGUAAGAAUGGUACGGCGAACACAUCUACCAAUUCUACUGCCAUCAGUCCUGCUAGCAAUUCCACCAAAGAUCCGGCCGUUUCCAACCCGCCCGCUCUCCGCGCCAGAUCUGUCAACACCACCUUCUCGAGUCCUGCCAACAGUUCCGCCAGCCACCCGGCUGUUCUCAACCCGCCGCCCAAUCGCCGCGUGAACGUGAGAUACACCACGCCAAUCAACGAAGCCGAGUAUCUCAAUGGUUCUCUUCGAGGCAAAGACAUGCCAGCAUAUUAUCCUACAGACAACCGCACCAGUGGUUCCAGAAAGGUUCAGUACCAGAUCCGCUCGGGCGGCAUAAACCACACGGACAGUCUCGGGAGGCCAAUGAUGCGCGCCUAUAUUCUGGGUGGCCAUCACCCUCCUUUGAUGAUGUCUGGCGACAGUGUCCCUUUCCGCACCGCCUCAACCGUGGAAAUGCGAUUUUCGCAGCCGGUCCUGAAACGUCGUUCUGAUGUGGCGGAUCCAGACACCCCCGAGAUGGCUUUCAACACGAGCGAUCCUGCCGCCAGCUAUGUGCGGGUCACGGCUCCCAUAAUCAUCGACGAGGUGUUUGUCUGUGCUGCCAGGGCACAGCAGCAACUCUUCUGGGCGGCCCCCCAUAGCUUGAAUUUCGGACGAGCAUUGGUCCUUGUCGAUGGCUCGGAAUUGGCUCAAGAUCUUUCCGAGCAGGCGAAGUCGAGAAUGCUCGCGGUGAUUGCAGGCGACUCACUGACAUACGCCGAUGCAGAAAACGCUUGGAAGGAUUUCGUAGUGCCCGCGAGUAUGCCGGUAGAAGGACUUCGCCCGGUGAUGAACAUCUCUCGGCUCCAGGCCAUCGUAACUGCGUACGAUGCCGGUUACAACGUCACGAGACAUGCGGACAAGUCGAAGGGUACACCCCAGAAGGAUACACGACAGAAGGACGGCCGACAGAAGGACACACGACAGAAGGACGGCCGCCAGAAGGACACACGCCAGAAGAACGGCGGAAAGAAGGUAGCAAAACGGAACAGUCAGCAGUCCACUGGCCCGGCGAAACGCGAUGGUCCCAUCGAACCACCGGAUCUCACACCACCCACGGACCUACCGCCGGAAAUUCCACCCGCGAAUCCAGCCGGGCCCGAGUGGGGCUACUUGGAGUCGGAGGCAGGUUCUUCAGUAGAACACCUGCUCAGCCCGUCGGAGUAUUUAGAAGAACACCUGAUCGGCGGGAUGGAAGUGAUCGAGGACACGUAUGGAGAAUUUCUCAUGGUUGCUGACUCGGAAAGGUUUAUCGAAGGAGAAUAUGGUGAGCUUAUGAUCGAACUCUUCGGACAAGAGUCCGCCGCGGGAACUGUCGCGGAAUCUCUCGAGGUAGAGAGCAUCUCGGAGGUCUGGCUGACCAUCCCCGAGAUUUUGGGGAUGAAGACUGGCGCUGAAGGCGUGGCUGCUGCGGCGGGCGCUGAAGGCGCGGCGGCGGGUGCUGAAGGCGUAGCUGCGGGCGCUGCGGGCGUGGCGGCAGGCGCUGAGGGCGUGGCGGCGGGUGCUGAAGUCGUGGCUGCGGGCGCUGAGGGCGUGGCGGCGGGCACUGAAGGCGUGGCGGUGGCCAUCGAAGCGAUAGUCGACAGGAUGCUAGCCUCCGCAGCCAUGGAGGCAGCAGUCGCAUUCUUAGCGACGGACCCCUUGACUGCGCCCCUUGUUCCGAUCGUAUUGGGCAUCGGUGCGUUGGUCGCCGGCCUGUACGAGGCGUUCGAGCUCGAAGAGUGGUUGAGUGACGGCGAAGACUUUAAUGUCCCGAACAUGCCGUCCCAGACCAACACUCACACCUUCAUCACGCCGCCGCCUUGGACAGGACAUGCACUGCCAAUAAUAACGACAUUGAUCCCGCCACGGCACUCUGGGCCAGUGUCAACCUAUAAACUCGAUCUGUGGGGUUGGCUAGGACAUCAACAUUCAACCAGCACCGCUACGGAUACGGCGCUUAGUCGACAUCUUCAACGGCCGGAGCAGCCAGGACAUCAACACUCAACCAGCACCGCUACGAAUACGAAGCGGACGACUUUCUCGACCUCCACCGUCUCUGGGCUGGGGCAGGUCGUCGUCAGGCCCGAUACCAAUUUCAUCACGGUCAGCGACAUCUCCUCUGGCACGACCGUACAGACCGCUGUGUCGCUCAUGACUGUCGGGCCCUCUACUGCCAUUCUCACUUCCUCGGUCACUGUCGAAUCUCCCGCCGAUCAGCCCGCCAUCUCGGCGGCUUGA